GUGUGUGUGUGUGUGUGUGUGUGUGUGUGUGUGUGUGUCAGUGACAGUCACCAUGUGGUCUUGAAAACACAAGCUCUGUGUUAAGUGACUGUAGCAGCUGUCUGUCUGUCUGUCUGUCUGUCUGUCUGUGUGUCUCUCUCACACGUGUGUUGUUAGACAGGCUGUUGCAGUUGUGUUGAUGUGUUGAUCUGGUGCAUGUCAGGAAGUGUUACGGCUGUAUUUCUGGCCGUGGGGUGAUGUGUUGUCCGGUCUGUCAGACGGUCUGCUGCGUCAGCUGGUUUUUCAUUGAGACUAUCAGACUGCAUGAAUGAACACAGAACACUGAAACUCAACAUGACUCGCACUAAAAACACCUUUCAUGGAAGUUUGUGGGAAUAUGUGGCGAUCUGGGAUCAGCAGCGUUAUCUUGAAGAAGAACAAUGAGUCUGAGAUCAGGUUUGUCCAGUUUAUCCAUCAUGUUUGGAAAGAAGAAGAAGCGGCUGGAGAUUUCAGCUCCAUCAAACUUUGAGCACCGCGUUCACACCGGCUUCGACCCGCACGAGCAGAAGUUCACCGGACUUCCGCAGCAGUGGCAGAGCCUGUUAGCCGACACCGCCAACCGACCCAAACCCAUGGUGGACCCGUCCUACAUCACGCCCAUACAGCUCGCACCCAUGAAGAUAUCUCCCAAGAGCGUCCGGUCAGAUGAGUCACUGUUGCGAAAAACGAUCGUCCGCGGGAGCCGGCCACCCAAAGAUGCCUCCAUCAACGGACUGUUAGAAGAGUUUGACAGCAUCUCUGUGACCCGCUCAAACUCCCUGAGGAAGGAGAGUCCACCCGGAGCGCACCAGACUGCCGGCGGCAAACCGCUUUCGCGAGCGGCAGCCGGCGGCGGGCCGGAGGAGAACGGGUUUGUUCACUAUUACGGCCGUUUCUCGUGUGACCUGGACAGCAGCAAGGACUUGUCUAUGGACCCGUAUCGGGACAAAGGCGUCCACGAGGGGGACUGGCCUGGGACUGGACGACACUAUCGCUUCUCUCUCAAACAGAACGGUCACCCCAUCCGGAGUCCGUUCUACCCCGAUGCAAUGCCGCAGAAGUCUUCCGACUACGCAAAGAUGCCGCCAGACUAUCACGCGUACCUGGAGAGCAAGAUGCGUCUGUCCACCGAUGAAAUGGCCCUGAGCGGCCGUAGGGAUUAUUACCGGGCGUCUCUAGGUGGAUCCAGUCAGGAUUACCGGGAACAGCCGCUCGGAACGCCUUCUCGAGUCUCCAUUCAAAGCGAGCAGGUGAGCUAUCCCAAUGGAAUCUGGGGAUAUGGUUCAGGACUUCGGGACGACUACGACAAGAGGCCGAAGUCUUCGUACAUCAGUCAGACGAGUCCUCAGCCUGCCAUUCGCCAGCGCUCGCGUUCGGGUUCAGGACUGCAGGAGCCCAGUCUGCCGUAGGCAUCAGCAGCGUUUAAAGCAGCGCCGCAGGGAUCGUACAGCUCCUACACGUAUCCAAGACUCUCUGAAAACACAUCCACACUCAUCUUAAGCAAGGGCGAGUACGCAUCUCGUGAUGGAAGUCCGCAGGUGCUCGGGGCCGAGACGUACCCACGAGGUCCCCUCAAACUAACUCAGAGUCACAGCAAAUCCGGUUACCCGCCCAGUUUCCAGUACCCGCCCCCCUUCCACUACAAACCCUCGCCAUAUCAGCACCCGCCAUUGCAGCCCAGCCCACCUUACACCCCACAGGGGGCGCAGUCGCAGCCCUCGUCCCCGUACAUCCCACCCGGUGCGUAUCCUCCGCCCAGCUGGGGCUCAUCAUCCGAGCAGCCGCCCUUGCGGGUGUCUCAUGAGCAGUUCCGCGCGGCGCUGCAGCUGGUGGUGAACCCGGGCGACCCGCGGGAAUACCUGGACAACUUCCUGAAGAUCGGCGAGGGCUCCACAGGCAUCGUGUGCAUCGCUACGGAGAAGCACAGCGGCAAACAGGUGGCCGUUAAAAAGAUGGACCUGAGAAAACAGCAACGCCGGGAACUUCUGUUCAACGAGGUGGUUAUCAUGAGAGAUUACCAUCAUGAGAACGUGGUUGACAUGUAUAACAGUUAUCUGGUUGGAGAUGAACUCUGGGUGGUGAUGGAGUUCUUAGAGGGCGGAGCUUUGACUGACAUCGUCACUCACACCAGGAUGAACGAGGAGCAGAUCGCCACGGUGUGUUUGUCGGUGUUGAAAGCAUUGUCGUAUCUUCACACGCAGGGCGUCAUUCACCGAGACAUCAAGAGUGAUUCUAUCCUGCUCACCAGCGACGGACGGAUCAAACUGUCUGAUUUUGGCUUCUGUGCUCAAGUGUCUAAAGAGGUGCCCAAGAGGAAGUCACUGGUUGGCACGCCGUACUGGAUGGCGCCGGAGGUCAUCUCGAGGUUACCGUAUGGCACUGAGGUGGACAUCUGGUCUCUGGGCAUUAUGGUGAUGGAGAUGGUGGAUGGAGAGCCUCCAUAUUUCAAUGAACCUCCGCUGCAGGCCAUGAGACGAAUUCGAGACAACCUGCCCCCACGGCUCAAAGAGUCUCAUAAGGUGUCAUCUGUUCUGCGCGCGUUUCUGGACCUGAUGUUGGUGCGUGAACCGUGUCAGCGCUCAUCAGCACACGAGCUCCUGCAGCACCCCUUCCUGAAGCUGUCGGGACCGCCGUCAUGUAUCGUACCGCUCAUGAGACAUUACAGACACCGCUGACC